GGGGGCCGGGCCGGGCCGGCGCCUACCGCCCGGCAGCCGUUCCCCUCCUCUCACGUCUGCUUCAAGCCGCGGCACCGGCCGCGCCGGGCCGGGCCGGGCCCCGCCUCGCCGUCCCCGAGCCCCCGUGGCUGAGGCAGCUCAGAAGCACCGGUGCCGUAUAACCAUAUGCACUUCGACGACAGAGUUGACGUUUUUUGAUGCCUUACGUGAGGAAAAGUUUAUGACCUCCAGCUCUCCCAGAGGAAUGAUCAGGGGCUCUGCUCUGGUCCUACUGACGUGGCUGUCCUUGGUCAGUAACCGGUACCUACAACUUUGCCACUGUGCAGUUGUGAAUAGAAAGAAAAUUUAAAUGUCUUCAGAAGACAAAGAAGCUCAGGAGGAUGAGCUGCUGGCUUUGGCUAGCAUUUAUGAUGAAGAUGAGUUUAAGAGAGCCGAGUCUGCCCAAGGAGGAGAAACAAGAAUUUGUCUGGAGUUGCCCCAAAACUUCAAAAUUUUUGUGAGUGGCAAUUCCACAGAGAGCCUCCAGAACAACGGGUUUGAAUACACCGUUUGCUUUCUGCCUCCCCUUGUGCUGAAUUUUGAACUCCCACCAGACUACCCAUCAACCUCCCCCCCAGUGUUUACCCUCAGUGGAAAAUGGCUCUCCCAAGCUCAGCUCAGUGCUCUUUGCAAACACUUAGACAACGUAUGGGAAGAGAACCGAGGCUGUGUGGUCUUAUUUGCCUGGAUGCAGUUUCUGAAGGAAGAAACGCUGAGUUACCUGAAUAUUUCCUCCCCGUAUGAGCUCAAAAUGUGCCAUCAAGGGAAUGGGCAGAGUAGGACACCUUUGGUCCCUCUCGACGCUGAGAAGGAUUGUGGUGGUGCCGCAGGCUCUGCAGCAGCUGAAGAAGAACUCAUCGAUGCAAGAGCUGUACAGGAUGUGGAAUCGUUGUCAAGUCUGAUUAGGGAAAUCUUGGACUUUGAUCAGGCUCAGAAGAGGAAGUGCUUUAACAGUAAGAUGUACUUGUGCAAUAUCUGCUUCUGUGAGAAGCUGGGCAGUGAAUGUAUGUACUUCACCGAGUGCAGCCAUGUAUACUGCAAAGCAUGCCUGAAGGACUACUUUGAAAUACAGAUCAGGGAUGGUCAGGUCCACUGUCUCAACUGUCCAGAACCGAAGUGUUCUUCUGUUGCUACUCCUGGCCAGGUGAAAGAGUUGGUUGGAGAGCAGCUAUUUGCACGCUAUGACCGCCUGCUUCUGCAGUCUAGCUUGGACCUGAUGGCGGAUGUAGUGUAUUGCCCUCGCCCGGGCUGUCAGACACCAGUCAUGCAAGAACCAGGAUGCACCAUGGGCAUAUGUUCCCGUUGCAACUAUGCUUUUUGUACUCUCUGUAAAAUGACUUACCAUGGGGUCUCUCCAUGUAAAGUUACUGCGGAGAAAUUAAUGGAUUUGCGAAAUGAAUAUUUAGAAGCAGACGAGGCAACUAAGAGAUUUUUGGAACAACGCUAUGGCAAACGAGUGAUUCAGAAAGCCCUCGAGGAGAUGGAGAGUAAAGAAUGGCUAGAAAAGAACUCGAAGUCUUGUCCUUGCUGUGGUACUCAUAUAGAGAAACUAGAUGGUUGUAACAAAAUGACGUGUACUGGCUGCAUGCAGUAUUUCUGCUGGCUUUGUAUGGGUUCUCUGUCAAGGGUGAACCCAUACAGGCACUUCAAUGAUCCAUCUUCCCCAUGCUUUAAUAGAUUGUUUCAAGCCAUGCAUAUUGAUGGUGAGUUAUGGGAAGCUGAAGAUGAAGACUAGUAGCUUUCUCUACAACAAAAGCUGAACAAACCAGAGAUAGAUGCUUUCCAUUUUUGUGUCAAGUUUGUUUGCUUUUCACUUCCAUUAUGUGAUAGAAGAAUAACUACCUUGCACUGCAGGAUACUCGCACUUCAGAGGCUGUUGCCAAAACCAAAGGAGACCAUUUUACCCAUCCUGUGGUCAGGAUCACCAUGGAAGGCCCUAAUAAUCCUACUGAUUGUUAAAGACAAAUACAACCCAUCAGAAGUUGGAAAGUUACUGGAAAAAUAUGUACUAAGAGGUGCCCCUUUUUGAGAAGCAAACAAACAAAACUGAAGCCCCAAAUCAUAGAAGUAUUUGGGGGUUUCCUUUAGCGAGACUGACCUUUCGAGGAUCUUGGCUUAUAUCCAUUGUUGGGUUUACGGCAGUUUUAUUGUAGCUGUAGUGCUCUUUCUGGAGCUGUUUAGUGAUGCUGCUUGCACAGGGAAAGUUUUCUGAUACAUUAUAGAAAAUUUCUUCUGUAUUCAGCAGCUGAGCCUGUUGCUUCUAUAGUGUUUCCUGACCCGUUUCUCUGAAAAGCGGCUCAUUGCUUUGUCACUGAUACUUUCUAACGAUGGCAAAGUCGAUUAUUCCUAACCCCCUUCUUACUGGCUGUAAUGCCUGGGUCUUUGCAUUACUGAAUGCUUUGGCAGAAAACUUGAAAAAUUUGAAUCAGUUUGAUGACUCAUCUCGGUGUCGCUGUUGUGUUUGCUCACGUUGCCUCUCCUUAUUUUGACAGUGAUGAGUGCUAAGGCAAUGAACCGAGUAUGUGGCCAGUGAGAGGGUGAAAAGUAUCACUCAGAUAUUGAAACACAUUUUUAUGGGUACAUAGUUGACAUUAACUUGAAUUUUUCAAGAUACUGAAAUUUACCUUGUCUUCUCAGAUGAUGAAUUUAUUUUUUACUAACUCUUCAUGUAAGAAAUCUGAUUAGUUGAUAGUUUUGCUUCUGGACUAGAUUCCUUAUUUCCACUGUUCUUGCACUUCAAAUUAUUUCAAAACCCAACUUCUUUCCCCUAAAAGCUCAGUGAGCAGUUUUGUGAGCAUGAGAGUAAUUACUGGAGGGAACCACUAAUUUUUUACAAGUUUUUCCACUUGCAGAAUGGUCUAAAAAUUUAUUUUGAAAUUAAAACUGCAUGUGCUGUGUUCAAAACAAAUAGCAGGGUCCGGAUGGAUAGCUCAGGAGCUGGAAGACUCUUCAGAAACUCAAGGUGAACACCUCUCACUCAGUUUUGCCUGUUACUAAAUAAAUUUAUACUUGGAUAUCUGGCCAAAAUGAGUGCUGAUUUAGUUGCUUUCACAGAGGAUGGAAGUCUGUACUAUUAGAAUUGGCAGCGAUUAAAAAGAUACGAGAUGGUAAGGGUGGGUCUUUCGUCUUGGUUUAGGCUAUAGGACAGUGUGUAGGGAAGGGUUCCACUGUGUAUGAUUUAAACUGUAUUUAUUUCCUGCACCUUUCACAUGCACUAAAUUCACUUUAAGAUAGUAAA